AUGGAAUCGGCUACGCUGCUUGAAGUCCCUCUUACAAUUACCCGACCACCUCACCAGCAUCACUUCUACACCGAAAAGCCGGGGCUGCAAACGGAGACCGACCAUGGCAUCAUUUCCAAACUGACCCCGACUCAGAGAGUCAUUGUGGAGUGUUUGGAAGAGAGAUGCCCCUUUGUCUCGAUUUCCGAAAGCCUUCUUGACAGCGACUUGACACAAAUCCUGCAAAAUGGCGGCCUGGACAGUCCGGGCAUGCUGAUAUUCAAGGCGAACCUGGAAGCACGGCUAUCUUUGAAAUCCCCAAUACCAAUCACAUCCCUCCUCCGGGCGCAAACCAUACGGGCGCUGGAAACCGAGAUCAUGAAACUGUCAAUAGCAAGCAACCGCGAACUACUGCUUCCGUUCACCACCACAGGAAGCCAGACACCGCUCUUUCUUUUUCCGCCAGGGGGCGGUGAGCUACACUGCUGGAUCGAGCUGGUUCGCCACUUUCACGACCGGCCUCUGUACGGCCUCAGACUGCGCGGGUUGCAGCCCGGCGAGAAGGCCUUUGGAAGCAUGGAUGAGAUGGUGAGAUGCUUCUUCGAUGAGAUACGACAGGUCCAGCCGCGGGGGCCCUACGCCCUUCUGGGCAUGUGCUUUGGCGGAAACAUCGCGUUCGAGGUGGCCAAGGCAUUGGAAGCUGUAGGAGAGGUCGUGGCCUUUGUCGGCGGUAUUGACAAUGCGCCGAACAUCCUACAAAUGAGCUUCGCCACGCUGCGCUUCUUCAUCGUCGACCUACUAUCGACAAGACGACUGAUCACGCCUUCGGAAGCCAGUCUGCUGAAGAAGGAAAUGCGCGACCAGGACCCCGCCUUAUUUCCGCGACUGGUGAUGCGUAGGUUCCGCACACGCCUCCAGGCUGCCGGCGUGACUCGCGAGAGACUCGAAUCCUGGCACCGGGUCUUUUGCGGCACCGUCCAUAUGGCUCAGGGGUAUGUCCCGCACGGCAAGAUCGCCAACUACACGUCCUUUUGGGCACAUCCCCUGGAGGACUGGGGUGUUUCGAAGGAGGAGUGGGAGACACGCGUUCGGGAAUGGGGGUGUUUCGCUGAGUCGUCUUCGUUCAAUUUUGUUGUGGGUAAUCACUAUACGGCCUUGACAAAGGAUCAUGUCCAAGACUUCAAGGCAGUGUUGGAUGACAAAUUACAGAGCACGAAUCUGUGUUCAGGAGUUGGCGGUGAAGCCUUUGGCCAGGAAACGGAUCUAAACAUCAGCACCUUUGACCACAUCUCAGCAUCGAAACCGACGUCGACCAGGACAACUUCGUUACAAGAUGCCAGCUCGGACAGCAUGGACUUGGAGCUCGAGAGCUUUAUGAAUACCGACUUCGACUUUGACAUCGACGUCGACGUCGACAUGAUGAUGCACCUCGACACUUCCACAGACCAGCAGGUAACAAUACUGCCGACUCCUUCACAAGUCGAGGUGCCGACGAAACCGCCAUCAUCCAUCGUUGGGCAGCUCGAGGACGCCUGGGAACGGGUCAAGUCUGGAACCUCGGAAUUGCAAAGCAUCAUUGGUGCCAUUGUCCCAGGACGCAGCUGCUCAUCAUCGUCCGGCAGCUAUUGUCCCUGUCCAAGUCUGAUAGGCAGACUUCAGCUGUUCGCCUCCCACUCGAGACUGGCGCCACACGCAUGUAUCAUGAAAGACCGGGCUGCUGAUCGUCGGUCGCAAAGCCGGCUACCCUUGGACCUUCUGCUUUUUCUCGACGAGGUCGUGUACCAGACCAUCUCGACCGUGUUAUCGUGUGGAGUCUGCAGCAGGGAGCCUCGCGUGCGCCUCACGCUGUACCUCCACGUCGACUGGUUGGCUGAUGUAUUGAGGGGCACGUUGGAGACGGACCUUUUAAGAUCCUCGUCAUCACAUAAAGGGCUUGAGGCUGUCAGGACAACACAGCUGGGUGCUCCUUUGGCAAGUACAGUCAGUUCGGACAAGGAUGUAAACCUGGCAUCGAAGACAGGCAUGAGGAAACAAGAUGACAUUAAGGAUGACGGCGUGGAACGCGACUGGGAAUACGAGACGAACCGUCUCCAACUCGGAUCUUUCAGUUUGGAGGGGGAGCUCUGGCAGAUUUGUAUCCGGGAACUCCUCAAGACGCGGCUCAACCGUCUUUCCCGAACAGUGGAACGGAUACGCGGAGGCAGAGAUAGAGUCACACUUAACUCGCCAUCGAAUCUCAAUGCUCUCUCUCAGACACUCGUUCAUCAACUUUGCGCCGUUCUCCGUUACCUCGAUAAUGCCGGCGCAGGGGUAGCAGCAAUUGUGCUGACCGGGUCAUCGGCGGCCCGAUCCUUCUCGUCUGGAUUCGACAUCGCCGAGCUCGAAGAGCUAACCGCAACCGAAGCCAUCGCAAAGCUGAACACCCUCCUCGCUACAGUCGAGGGGCUUUCCGUGCCGGUGAUUACCGCAGUGUCCGGGAUUGCCUUCGGCGGCGGGUGCGAGCUGGCCCUGGCGUGCGACGUGAUUUACACCACUGCCGAUGCGCGCUUCGCUCUCCCCGAGGUCAAGCUGGGUCUGAUACCGGCGGGUGGAGGUUUACGGCUGUUAUCCAAGCUAGUUGGGCCGGGGAGAGCUGCGGAUCUAAUAUUGACGGGGCGGGAGUGGACCGGGACAGACGCCGAGAGAUGGGGGAUCGCAACACACUGUUUUGAUGAUCGUGAUUCUUGUUUGGCGAUCUGCGCAACAUCGGGUCAUUUCCUGGACGAUGUGUCCGGUUUUGACGCCCCGUUCUUCUCCAUCACAGCAAACGAGGCUGCGGCCAUGGACCCAAUGCAACGGCUGGGUCUGGAGAUUGCCUAUGAAGCGUUUGAGAACGCUGGAAUUCCCAUGCAGAAACUUGCCAAAAGCACCACGGCUGUGUAUAGCGGGGUUAUGACGAACGACUACCAGAUGCUGGCCGAGGCCGACCCGUACCGGCUUGGAGUGAAUUCUGCGGCCGGGACCGGUAGAGCCAUGCUAUCGAACCGGAUAUCGUGGUUCUUCGAUCUUCAAGGUCCCAGUCUUACUAUCGACACGGCCUGUUCUUCAAGUUUGUAUGCCGUACACCUUGCCUGUCAGUCGAUACGGAUGGGCGAGUCUGAUCAAACGCUGGUGACGGGACAGAACCUCAUCUUGAACCCUACACUCUACUCUCAGCUCUCAGGCAUGCACAUGACCAGUCCUGAUGGUAUCAGCCACUCAUUCGACGCGUCAGCAAACGGAUAUGGGCGCGGAGAAGGCAUCGCCGGUCUGGUGCUGAAACGUCUUUCUUCCGCGCUUGCCGACGGAGACGUGAUCCGGGCCGUGAUCCGGGCGACAGGCGUCAAUUCGGACGGAAAGACGCCCGGAAUCACUGUGCCGAGUGAAGAUGCCCAGGCCGAGUUGAUACGGAGGGUGUACGAGAGAGCAAACUUAGAUAUGGCACGAACCGCCUACUUUGAAGCACAUGGCACCGGAACACCAAAAGGAGACCCGAUCGAAGUACGCGCCAUACGCGCGACGAUCGCUGCUGCUCGAAAGCUUCACGACGUGGGUCCGUUGUACGUAGGCAGUGUGAAGCCCAACAUCGGCCACACCGAAGGCUGUGCCGGUCUGGCAGGCCUCAUCAAGGCGGUGCUGUGUCUUGAAUCCGGCGUGAUCCCGCCCGUCGCCGGCCUCCGCACGAUCAACCCGGAGCUGCUCGAGCCCGGUUCAGAUCUGACCUUCCCGAUCGCCGCCACCCCGUGGCCAAGCACGGAGCUGAGGCGGGCGAGUAUCAACUCGUUUGGGUUUGGAGGCGCAAACGCACACGUCGUUCUCGAUGACGCCCGACAUUAUCUCGAGGAAAGCCAGAGCAACGGGCGACACAUCACCAGGGCUGCUGACGAGGUUACCAUCUCUUGUGAACAUCGGACCACCAAACCCGCGCUUAAUGACGAGGACAACGACGAGGCGGAAGUUUGCCAGAUGCUAUUCGUUCUGUCGUCCUUCGACCGCAAGGGCCUCGGACGGAAUGCCAAAGCUCUCGGGGCUUUCCUAGCCGAGCAUAAGACAACAAGUCUGACAUCGUUGGCUCACAUCCUGGCGGUAAAGAGAACGGCUCACACAUUCCGCAGCUUCGCCAUCGCGGGCACUCGGGAGGAGCUGGUAUCGAGGCUCUUGACCGGCAAAGACAACCCAGCACCGCCGGUCGAACUCCGUUCCUCUCAGAACAGGCGCCUCGUUUUCUUGUUCACCGGCCAAGGUGCCCAGAGACCGGGCAUGGCGAAGGAACUCCUGGCCAGCUGCCCCGUGUUCCGAGCAAGUAUCGCAAGCAGCCAGAAAUAUCUGCGGCGCUUGGGGUGUGUUUGGGACCUUGCCGAUGUACUCGUCUACGCGAAAGCCGAGACCCUGAACGACGCAAGGUAUUCACAACCGGUUUGCACCGCGGUGCAGAUUGCCUUGGUCCAGCUUCUCCGGCAUUGGGGCGUGGUCCCGUCGGCAGUGAUCGGCCACUCGUCCGGAGAGCUCACAGCGGCGUUCGCGGCCGGGGCCGUCUCUCACGAAGACGCUAUGCGCGUGGCCUACUAUCGUGGCUUCCUGGCUACCAAGGUCUGCUCUCUGGUGGGACGGCCCGGUGCGAUGCUCGCCGUUGGUAUGUCCGAGAAGGACGCCAGCCGGUUCCUCGCAGAGAACUGGCUGGAUCACGAUGUCAUGGUAGCAUGCGUCAACAGUCCCAGCAGUGUGACGCUUUCGGGUCCAUCCACUGCCAUCUCCCAAGCCGAGGAGGCCUUCUGCAAAGCUGGACAUUUCGCUCGGGCGUUGCGCACGGGAGGUGUCGCAUACCACUCGCCUGAUAUGAAGGUCGUCGGUGACGAGUUCAUCCGCUGCUUAGGCCCGUUGCGGUCCUCCCGGAAUCGGUGCCUACAAGUGCCCAUGUACUCAUCCGUGACGGAGUCCCGGGUUACAGAUGCCGGAACGUUGACCGCGGCGUAUUGGCACGAGAACAUGACUUCGCCGGUCCGCUUCGCCGGUGCCAUGCACAAUCUCCUUCUCUCCCUACGGGACCCGAACACGCCCGAGUCCUCUCCCGGCCUGCAGGACUGCACCGUUCUGGAGAUUGGACCUGCAAAGGCGCUCGCCGGACCGGUUGGCCAGAUCAUGAGUAACAUGGACGUGUCUCAGAGGCCUGAAAGCAUCCGAUAUCUCUCGAUGUUGUCAGCCAAGGAAGACUCAUGUCUGUCUACCCUGACCGCUGCCGGGAUGCUCUGGUCUAUUGGCGUGCCCAUCGACUUGGACAAAGCAAACGACCUGACUUCUCUCGACCACCAGCUCCAGCUUUCGGAGCUACCUCUUCUACCCUCAUAUGCAUGGAACCACGACAAAUCAUACUGGCACGAUGCCAUGCCGGCUCUGGUCGGUAUCCAGGGGGACAAUACCCCUCGCAUCGAUCUUCUCGGCGUACCCAAGUUGCCAAGAAAUCCCUUUGAGCCGGCAUGGCAGAACGUGGUGCGAACUAAUGAGCUUCCCUGGCUUGCCGACCACGUUGUCGAUGGAGCGGCGCUGUUUCCUGCGGCGGGAUACCUCGCCAUGGCUAUCGAGGCCGUCCGCAGUCUCGGUCGAGAGCGGAACCAGGCUUUCCACGGCAUCGAGCUCCUGGACGUCAAGUUCGAGAACAGUCUCGUCGUCAGCAAAGACACGGAAGACGUGAACCAAAAGGGGCAAAGCAUCGCCUUGACGUUGAAGCCAGAUGCACACGAUGAUUGGGUGUUCGAGUUCGCCGUCUACGCAGUUUCACCCGUGGCCGAACAAUGGCGAAGACUUGCCGUGGGCACUGUCGUCGGCAUCAUUGCCGAAAAGACGGUUGAGAAUGAGCCUGCGGGUUUCGAGCAGCAGGAACGGGAGAGACAGUGGCACGAUGAGCAGCGUCCUCGUCUGGAAAAUAUCAAAAAGGCGGCCAAAAAGCACGUCGAUGUGGAGGCGUUCUAUGCCCAUCUUGCCAGCAUCGGCCUAGAGUACGGACCGACGUUUCGAGGGCUACACUCCAUCCGCUGCGCAACUGACAUCGAGCCUCAAGGACACUCGAAGGCCUUUGGAGAGUGCGUCGUGCCGGAUUCGCGGUCCGUCAUGCCCGAGUCUUACGAACACGACUACCUCAUCCACCCGGCCACCCUGGAUAGCCUCUUCCAGCUCGUGUUUGCUGCGCUGCAGUCCGACUCGCAUGGAGAGAUGAAGCUGGCUGCAGUGCCAGUAUCAGUCCGCCGAGUCUUCGUGGCAAAUACGGUGCCGCGUAUCUCGGGUGCGCGCCUCGCCGGGACAGCUGCUUCGAAGCGGCUCGUCGAUGGGGAAUCUGAGUCGGAACAUGGCGUUACUACGUUCUCCGGAGACCUCACGUUCUGUGACGCGGGGUUCGACCGGCCUGCUGUUCUUGUCGAAGAUAUUCUGCUUCGACAGAUACUUUCCCCCACGUCGUCGAACCCUGCCGACGGUGAGAGAGAAGUUGACCACGCGGAGGAUUCCUCCUUUUACCGGACCGCUCAGAUGGUGUGGAAGGAAGAUAUCGACCAGCCAUUUAGCAGAUGGCGAGACCGUAUCCUUCAAGAGUCCUCCUUGACGGCAAGGGCAGCUUUCAUUCUCGAUCGCGUUUGCCACAAACGGGCGCAUGCGAAGAUCUUGUGUCUGGGACUCGAUGAUUCCUGGGAUGCUUUCCACGGUCAAGACGACUCCUGUAUGGCCAAGCCUGAGAAUUGCACCUUCUUCAACACUUUUCAGGACUGGGAGGACAAGCUGGGAUCCCAGAGCCAACAAUCUCCGGCUUUCAACAAGUACGACCUGGUCUUUCUCAAUUCUAGCGCCCUCGUCGAAGAGGAGCCUCGUGUCCGGAAACGUGUACCUCAGUAUGACAGGAUACUGUCAGAACUUGCGGAAAUGUGUGUUACCGAUGCAUGGUUUACCAUCAUUGGCAACGAUAAGAGCAACAAGGCAGUGGCUAAUCAGCUUCCGGAGGCUCUUGUGAAGCUGUCGGGUUGCAAGAUCAUUCUGCUGUCCGAGUCAUCUAUAGACCUGUUGUCGGGUCAUGAUAACGUCGCCCUCGCCGGACCACGUCCAAGAGGCGCUCCAGGUACAGCGGGAGAGCUCGGAGAGGCAAGACUGCUGCCGAAGCUGUGCCAGGACGGCGUACUCAUCAUCGGGCCAAAGGAUGACGGUAAACCUACGCACUCUUCCGCUGGCUUUCGUGACAAUACUCGCGAAAUGCUCAUGAACAGCUUCUCGUCACUUGGAAUUAAGUCUUGCUACAUGCCACUCGACGAAGCGGUUGCAGCUCCCGGCAAGUUGGGAAACAGACCGAUUGUCUCCCUGGUCGAGGUCGGAGCAUCAUUUGUCUACAACUGGUCCAGCAAGGAACUGGAGCAAUUCCGCACACUGGUAUCCUCGGUGUCAUGUAUCCUCUGGCUGACAACCGGUGGCUUUCUGGCGCCGUCGUCGGAAACAAUGCUCCAGUACGCGCCGAUAGUAGGCCUACUCCGGACCAUCCGAGCCGAAUUUCCAGACCUCGCGAUACCCCUUUUGGAUUUCUCGACUCACGACCGCCCUGAGGAAGCGGCGAACAUGAUCCUGGAAGUUCUUCAUAACAACUUGAUCCAUCUUGCGCGGGAGAGCGGUAGCCAGAUCGGCUCUCUAGGCAAGCAGACAAUGCCGGAAAGCGAGGUUUCUGAGCUAGACGGGCGUCUGUUUAUUCCGAGGGUAUUAGCCCACGGCGAGUCCGACCGGUUCAUCGCCAGUGAGACAUCUACCCGUCAACCAGUACAACUCACUCCGGCUGGUAAAUGCAAACUUAAGGAUAUUGGAGUGUCUGUCCAGGAAAGUCCCGAGCUCUGGGUCAGAGCCGGCGACAGCCAAGGGAAGGCCUACUGGGUCACCCGAGACCAUGAGAAGAGCAACCCGCUGGACGCCCGCAACUCGUCCAUCAGGCUUCAAUACGCAGUCACUCACACGGAUGAUUUGGUGGAAACUGUUCAUGAAAGUCCCUACAAAGCAGUCAUGGCCCAACAAACCCUUGGUGUCGUGGAGACUUUAGCGGAAGGCCGGAACAAGGACAUAUUUGACAACGUCGUCAGCCCAGGGGACGUCGUUUUCGGCAUCACACACACUCCCGUGCGGCCAAUGUUCUUCCAGGACAUGGACAGCCUAGUCCGGGUGCCCGACUCCCUCAUGAAGUCGUCAGCCGCGGUGGCGUACUGGCUUUUCCCGCUGUCCACGGCUUUUUACAUCCUCUCCGAGGCAGCUCACAUUUCCUCCGGGGAAUCUUUGCUCAUCGACGUCGGCAAUGACACGGUUCUUCAGGAGAGUCUUGUACAAGUCUCUAAGUGUCUCGGCGUUCGUAAAGUCUUCAUCUGCGCAGACGAGCCGUCUCCGGAAUCGGACUCGUCAGUCAACGACUCUGCUGUGAGGCUCCCCCGUCUCAGUCUCACAUCCGCCAGCUUGAUCCGGCAGGCUACAGGAGGAGUCAGUGUUGUCAUAUCUACGUUGAACAACCUCGGCAAUAUCCGCCGCUUCCAGAUGGUCUCGACGGACGGCGUUCGUGUGGUGGGAGUGAAUCGCUCGAGGCAAAACGAGGCUCUAAAGUCGUCUCCUUUCCUGAAAAGGGUUACUCAACUCAUCGAUCUGCACGACACGGUGGUCUUUGAUUUGAAGCACAACCUUCCUUUCCGAACAGCCCUAUGGACCGUCUUACGUUGGAUGGAGCUGGGACGCAUUACCGUUGCCCAACCCCUUCGACAACUCUCGACCGCGGAUAAGGCACUCGUAAAACCCUUCACGUCCGAUGCGGUAUCGCCGGGGCGUGGAGCAACAAAGAGAGUGCUUCUUUCGCUUACAGCAUCCGAUGUGGUGAUGUUCCAUCGGCUAAUUUCGACUCCGACGAUGCAUCUGAACAGCCACGGGAAGACUUUAGACCCAGAGGGCACUUAUAUCAUCUCCGGCGGCCUCGGAGCCCUGGGUCUUCCGCUGGCAAACAUGCUCUGCGAUCUCGGGGCGCGAAGACUUAUCCUCCUCUCGCGUUCGGGAAAGCCGACCACCACGGACGCCGUAUCUGCCCUCAAGGAGCUGGCGGCGAGAGGUUGCUACGCGGAGAUCGCGCGGUGCGACAUCACUUCAAAAGACCACGUGGAAAUGCUCGCCGAACAGCUCCAAAAACGUCAGGGCUUCCGUCUGCGCGGGGUGAUUCAAUCCGCUAUGGUGUUGGCCGACAGCACGUUCUCCAACAUGACCAUGGACCAGUGGCGGACGGCGACUGGGCCUAAGAUCCAAGGUAGCUGGAAUCUACACAACCUCGCGACGCACCUUGACGACAGAGAGGGAGGUGCCGGGCUCGACUUCUUCAUCCUCUUGUCUUCUGUGUCCGGGGUCAUUGGAAACAGUGCCCAGGCGAACUACUGUGCCGGCAACACGUUCGAAGACGCGCUGGCUCAUUUCCGGCGCGCCAACGGGUUCCCGGCUACCAGUCUCAAUAUCGGGUUAGUUUCGGAUUCAAGCCACUUCGGCAAGGGCACCAUGGAGAGUUACAGCAACGUGGAGAAGUAUCUGGCCAUGUUUGGACAUCUUGCCCCCGUGACGGUCACGACGCAGGAGGUGAUGGCGAGCGUCAAAAUGGUUGUCACACAGUCCAUGUCCAUUUCCAGCCGGUCGACUACAUGUGAUGGCGGCCCAGCACAGCUGAUUGUGGGAAUCUCCAACCGCAUUCCGCGUCACGAGGACCUGUUGAACAGGUGGCCGAUGGACCGCAAGUUCGAUCACCGCGCGUCGUCGAGCGUGGCACGAGGCUCAAGCAAUGGAGUCGGCCGGCAGAGCAGCGGGAAAUCCAAAAUCGACGAGAUGAUGGCUUCUGCGAAGGAUAUUGACCAGGCCAGACGGUUCGUCGAGGAGGUGGUCAAGGAGAAGGUGGCUCAGGCCACGGGCAUGGAACCUGACAGCAUCGAUGCCGAGAGGAGUUUGCUGGCAUACGGCAUUGACUCCCUCAAGGCGACGGAGGUACGGAACUGGGUGAAGAAGAACUUCAAGAGUGAGCUGUCCGUGUUCGAUAUCCUCUCACCGGCGCCGAUCUCAACAUUAUCUGCGAUGAUUACAACGCGCAGCAAGAUGUUUGAUGUGUUCCGUGACUCGAAGGAUGCUUCAGUUGUCACUUGCUAG